AUUUUUUAUUUAAGAUUUCGAUAAUAUAGAGCAUUCUAAGAAACUAAUUUGAAUAAUUUUUAAUUUUAUGGAGUCGUUCUAUUUUUAUUAAUUAUUUAAAAUUUGGAGUAACUUUUGUACGGUGACGUCAUCAUUUGGCUGUAUAAUUUACGUGUCUUCGGCCUUUUACUUAAAAAGAUUUCUUUGACGUUUGAGAAAUGUCAAUAGGUUGUCAAUCUGUUCAUUAGUGUCAUACAGUAAACUAUAAAAAACUUCUUUGAAAUAAAUACCACGCUAUCAUUCAUCUUGUUUGUAAAUCAUUUUAUAAACUUACUGUUUUUUACGAACGGUUUACCAUGACUGACAACUUCGUGAAAGCUGACUCCAGAAAUCUACCGAAGGUGGAAAAUAUUAUGAUAUUAGAGUAUGUGGCAACAUGUAGCCAUCAUAACUUGGCUGAAAUAAGGGGAGCAAAGAUUUUAAUGUCAUCUCGGGAUUCGUACAUCAAUACCGCUGUGGGCUACGUGAAAGUUAGUCGAACAGGCAGUGAUUGCAUAGUCAGUGCUAAAGUAGUGCCUGAACACAGAAUAAGCAAUAAAUUGUAUACCGUCAAAUGUAAAAUUGACGAACAGGAUAAUAAUAUUAUUAAUGCAACAUGUGAAGAUUGUCCAGCAUCAGCAGGUGGUUGUAAGCAUUCCCUUUUGCUAUUGUUUUGGUUAGCAAAAAAACUUCUGAACCAUCAUCAACUGCAGUUCAAUGUUACUGGAACAAACCUUCUCUUACAAGUGCAAGCGCAGAACCAGAACAAUGUCUUAGAAGAAAUUUGAGCAACUCACUUAUUAUGAAGUUCUGUGAUGGUGUUAAAACCAACUCCAAAAAUAUAUUUGACAUUAUGUUGGCAUUUGUUUAUGACGAAACCAUACAUGAUUAUUGUAACUUUAGUAAGUAUUUAAAAAGAAUUAUUAACAACAUUGUUAUUGAAGAAAUAAAAUUAAAAACAAUAAGGCAAGCUGAUAGUAAAUAUUGGCAUAAUAUACGGCAAGGAAGAUUAACAGCUUCUAAAUUAUAUGAAGCUGCUCAUUGCCAUACAGAUGGUGCUCUAGUUGAGCAAAUAUUAGGAGGCUAUAAAGUGCCUGAAACUAAAGCCAUACAACGAGGCAGAAGAUUAGAAAGCCGAGUACUAAAAGAAAUUGAAGAAAAGUUACAAGUCAAAAUAGACCGGUCUGGGUUCACCCUCAUUGAUGGCAUUUUGGGAGCAUCACCUGAUGGUAUUGGAGAAGACUUCGUAGUAGAGGUUAAGUGUCCAUCUUCAGAAAAAGCGAUUGAAACAUACAUAAAAAAUGAUGUUAUAACAGAAAAAUUUAAAACACAAAUAAUGUGCCAAAUGAUGGCCUGUAAAAAAAACAAAGGACUAUUCUGUGUUGCAGAUCCUUUAUUUGAAACUACUAAAAAUAUUCAUGUUGUUUGGGUGUAUGAUGAAGUAUACAUAAGAGACAUAAUAAAAAAAGCAGAAGUCUUUUGGAGUACAUUUAUUUUUCCUAAGUUAUUGGAAAGUGCAAAAAAAUAAUAAAAUAUUGAUACAUUUUAA